AAAGGGCAGUGAUCAUUUGGUUAAUUUGACCUUUGUUGAACAUUGUUUUCUCUCUUCUUCAGAUAAGUUACAAGGCAGUGCAGGAUCAUUGCCAACAGAUCUUUUCUGAAUAUUACUGUGUAUGAUGUGUGGAAGGGUAGGUGGGACCUGAGUUCUAGCUAAGUUAAUCUCGCGAGGCGAGAGUUGGAGCCGGGACAAGCGAGGAGAUUCCGUCGGAGGAAGACAGGCGAACACAAAACUCAAAUAUGUCUGGACGAUCGGUUCGUGCGGAGACUCGAAGCCGCGCUAAAGAUGACAUCAAGAAAGUGAUGGCGGCGAUCGAAAGAGUCCGCAGAUGGGAGAAGAGGUGGGUGACCGUAGGAGAUACAUCCUUACGGAUCUUUAAAUGGGUGCCUAUUGUGGACACAAAGGAGAAAGAGAAAAGCAAGCACGCAGCCACUGUGGAUAGAGAGCUCAACAAUUAUCCCGCAGAGGCACCAUCUGAAAAUAACUCUUCAGUCUUGUUAGAUUUUCAAGAUGAGAACAGCAAUCAGAGCUCUCUGUCGGAUAUGUACCAGCCCAAGGUGGACAGCAGCAGUACCUCGAGCCCCCAACCCAGCGAGCCCGUCAGCCCAGCACACGUCAGUGACUACCGCACCGAGGACCCGCAGCCUCCCACUCUAGGACAGGAAAUCUUGGAGGGUGAGACACUCAAGGAUGUGGCAGAGCCAGCAUUGCCAUCUCGCGAAGUUGCUGACGAGCCGCCCACGCUAAUAAAAGAGGCUGACCUCCUUCCCGCGCCUCCUCCGCCCUGUGCCCCCUAUCGUGUGUCUGUGCCUCCGAAGGAUGGGGUGGAGGAGGACGGUGGUGCCCCUCCUCUGAAGAGAGUGUGUACUGACCAAAACUCAGUUCUUCAGCCAGCGACCAUGAGCUAACCCACAAUCCCCCGAGCCUGCACAGCGAAACCAAUCAGACAGUUUUUUUUUUUUUUUCUGUCCGUCCUGGGAAGGUUAUAAGAGGCACAAUGUGGUGGACCAGGCCUGUUUAAUGACCUAUGAGGAAUAUUACAGUAGUUACAUGUCAGUUACAUGUUCUGUAAUUUAUUUGAUAUUGUAACUUUUACUUUCAUUGUGUUUAAAGCCAAUUUCAGAUUAAAAAUGCAAUUGAACUUGGAACUACAUAAAGGUCAUGGGGCUCAUGAAAGGAAGCGGGAUGUUCUAACGACAAAUCUUCUAUGUGCAGGCAUCCAGUAACUUGGAUCUAGCAUCACUAGAACUCAGAAAAAUUACUGUCGAUAGUGUAGUACCAAAUCCAGGGUUUGUCACAAAAGUGAGGGUUUUUUUUGUAAUAUGUUGAAUGUUUCAUGUAUCAUUUGUUCAUUGACUCCAUGUUGUCUUGUGGUUCAAGAAAAAGAAACAAUUUAGCAACAGUUCUUUCCCAGAGCCUCGUAUAUACAGUUAUCAAACAAAGUUGACUCUUUGUUGGGCCUAUGCAAUGGCUCUGAGGUUCUUGUCUACUUGAAAAGUUUACAUUGAUUGUCAUGAUUAAGACCCCAAAGAAUGUUCUGGUGUCACUGCUUUGUGUGAUGUGAAUGUUUGGUUUAAAAUCUUUCUUUUCUUGUUCUUUUUUUGUUUGUUUGUUUUUGUAAAAAAAAAAAAGUAUGUUUCCAAGAUGGCGUUGCAUUUUAGCCAUUUCAUGUUUUUUUUAAUUUGUUUUUUAUGUUUUAAUGUCUUUUGCUUGUGUUUUUCAGCAACCCAAAUGAUUGUUCUGCACAUAGAGAUGCUGCAUUCUUUUCUCUUUCUUUUGCUUUUUUUCUGGGAGAUUUAUUUCCUUUGAAUAGCUGUACACUGAAUGUGUCUGGGUGGUUUAAUGGUAGUACUGUAUGUAGUCGUGAUGUGUGUGUGUGUUUUUUUUUUUUUUUUUUAAAUGUCAUUUUUGGCAUCUUCUAAUUCUGACAAUCAAAAUUGCACACUGGUAUAGCUAACGUAGUUGCCUCAUGUAGAUGCGUUUUUAUUUAUAGAUAGUUGCUUUACAAUUUGGAAAAUGAAUGGAUUACUUUAUGCUGCACAGUAGUAUGAAAGAAGGUAUAAGUCAGAUCUUUAUGUUCUUGAUUUUUUUUCAUUUAUUGUAGAAGACAGGUAGACAGGUGCAACCAGGUCUCCUGUUUAAAUAUUGCAUAGUUGCAUCAUUUAAUGAUAAUUACUAAAUUACAAAAAUGUAAAUUUGACAAAUGGGUUUAGCUCAUAUAUUGCUUGUUUGUUUCAUUUCAUUUGAUAUUUCCUAUUGAUCCAAAGGCCAUAUUGGUGAUCAAAUUUGUUGUAGAUAAUUGUUUUGCCAGUGAGUAAAUGUUUUCAGGAAAAGGGCACGGCGUCAUGAGGAUCAGUCCUUUAUGGAUGACUUUGCUAUGAUGCUGGCUUAAUGAGUCAUGGCUCAGUUUAUAAGGCAAGGAUUUGUAUUUGAGAUUGUAAAGACUAUUUUAUUGAAAUUCAAAUGUAUGACUGCAAAUGAUAAUUACAAAGUAUUUUAUAAAGGUUUCUAGAUUUAGAA